AUGCAUAUCACCAAAGGAUUCCCAAUUCUUUCGGAUAUGGGAGAGGCUCGACGUGCAGAAACAAAACAAAGGGGCCUUAUUCAGCCCAGCAUAUAUCGAGCACCUGGAGUGAUGCUGGAUAUGGAAUGGGAUAACAAAGUUGACAUAUGGGGACUUGCGCAAACGAUAUGGACAAUUUUUGAGCAACGCCAUCUCUUUGACAACAUCAACCCUAUAAGAGAGUUGGAUCACGGUCGUAGAUUUGCUGAGAUGAUAUCCCUAAGGGGGCCCGCGCCACUUGAAUUUCUCAAGAGAAGCAAAGAGAGCCCGAAAUACUGGGACGAAAAUGGUCACUGGAAACUGUCAAACAUUUAUCCAAUCCCAGAGCAGUCUCUGGAGUCCCGUGAAAUCCAGCUAAAAGGGGACGAAAAGAAACAAUUUCUUGAGUUUAUGAGGAAAAUGCUGAAGUGGAUGCCAGAAGACAGAGCCGAUGCUCAACACUUGCUCUUCGAGGAUCCAUGGGUACGGGGAGGAAACUACUAA